AAUUGUGUCCGUGUAGAGAAUUCUUGGAGUCAAAAACGUAAACAAAGAUGGCAUCCCCGAUAAAAACGUGUGUACUUCUGGUUUUUGUAUUCUGGAGCGAGAUAAGUUUUUGCAAAUCCUCUGAUUUGCAAGAAAAAUCAGAUAACUUGCAGCCUCGGAAAAUUGUAAACUUUUAUGCAUUUUCUGUAAAUAACGCAGCAGGUGAAAUAAUUGCCCUCGAUCAGUUCAGAGGAAAGGUUGUCCUAGUUGUAAACGUCGCUUCGGAGUGUGGUUAUACAGACGACCACUACAGAAGUUUGAUACGGCUCAAAAAUGUCAUGGGACCCGAAAAAAAGUUCGAAAUCCUUGCAUUCCCCUGUAACCAGUUUGGAAAUCAGGAACCAGGGACUAAUGAAGAGAUUCAACAAUUUGUAUCGGAAGUAUACCGUGUGCAUUUCCCGGUGUUUGCAAAAGUGGAUGUUAUCGGUGAAACAGCGCAUGAGGCAUGGAAGUUCCUAUCUUCUUCGUUUGGUGUUACACCUAACUGGAACUUCUGGAAGUACCUGGUUGACGAAGAUGGGCUUGUCGUUAAUGCCUGGGGUCCCAAGACGCCUGUAGAAGACAUAUUUCACGAGAUCAAGGAAGCCGUGGGCCGUAUAGGCUUCCAGAAACCUCAAAAUAUGAGGAGACGUACCGAGUUGUAACUCACUCACUCUGUUCAGAAUAACUAAGCUAACGUUAUUGAUAUUUGUGAAAUGUUUAUUUAAAAAAUGAAAUGUGCCAAAACGCUUUGCGUGCAUAAACCUUUUCUAUGCAAUGUUUUUUUUAUCUAGUUUGUUAUACAUUUACGUCAUAUUUUCUUGUGUGUGUUUACUGUGCUUUAUGUGCAUGCAUUUUGUACAAUUUUGUCCAAUAUUUGCAACAAAAUGAGAUUAUGAUGGGUGAUAGGAAAUAUUUUGGAUUCCUGAUGCUAUGAUGGGUGAUAGGAAAUAUUUUGGAUUCCUGAUGCGUAUAUCUAGUUUCUCAAAUGUGUUAAUUUAUGUAUAUCAUUGUUGUAUUUUACUUUGUUCAUGACAAUAUUGAAGACAGUUCAAUAAGAGCUCAAUUAACUCAGAUGAUAGAUUGUAUAAACGUGUAUUGACAUUAUUGUGUUUUUAACGUAAUAAUGAGAUGGACAUACAUGUUUGAUGUACACCAUUCGUGUCGCUAGUUAAACAAAUAUUGAGAAAGCCC